GUAAAGCACCACCACCACGAUCAGAAGAAGCAGAAGAAGAAGAAGAAGAAGGAGAAUCGUGUGGAGAAGGGAGAUGGUGAACUAUGUGCUUAAAAUAACGGCAGAUCUCGAGAAUCUCACUAAUCUCCAGCCUUCCGGUGGCUGCGACGAUCCCAACUUCCCUUACCUCUUCAAGUUGAAAUGUGAAAGAUGCGGAGAGGUGACUCAGAAGGAAACAUGUGUGACUUUGAAUGAGACUUUUACUCCUCCUGGUGGCAGGGGUUCUUGUCAUCUUGUUCAGAAGUGUAAGUUCUGUGGAAGGGAAGGGAAUGUGACAAUGAUCCCGGGGAAAGGUCGACCUUUAACUCUUGAAGAUUCCGAGGCUGGAGAACAUGCUCCUCUUAUGGUCUUUGACUGUCGAGGAUAUGAGCCAAUCGAUUUCGGGUUUGGCGGAUUUUGGAAAGCUCAAGCUGAAUCUGGAACUAAGUUUGAUGAGAUUGAUUUGUCGAGCGGAGAGGAGUUCACGGAGUAUGAUGAGAAGGGCGAGUGCCCGGUUAUGAUAUCAAACUUCCGUGCAAGCUUCACCGUCACCAAGUAAAGUAGCUGAGCGUCUAUUCUUCUAUCUUCUGAUUCUCUCUGCACACUUAGGUGUAUGUAAAAACAAUGAGAAGAUUGUUACUCAAGUUCUAAUAAAGUUGCUACGUUCUGAAACUUA